AUGUUUGUUCCCAGAGCAGCGUCGCGCAAUCCCCGAAGGCGCCCGAGAACCAGCUCCGAUGACUCGGUCAAGCCGCCUAAAGCCAAACGCCAACGAUCAGUUUUGCGACAGGCAGGUGACUCUAACCUCACGAGCCUGGACCGGGACGACAUAGCGGAAUCCGUGGCUCCUGUCCUCGUCAACGGGCACGACGCGACUGCGGAUGCUGUUGGUGUCGAUUACCAUUUACCGAUCCGCAAUACGAAACCGAGUGAAGAAUCCAAGAGUGAUCUCGAGGGGACAGUCAUUUUGUCAAGCACAGAUUACUACACUGUGGAGCAACUUCCGUCGCUGCCAGAUCAGGUCCGAGGCUUACAAUCAGAUCCGCUCAAGUGCUUCUUUGCCCCUGGUCAUGACCACGCAUUGGCCCUGACCCGCUCGCACGCGAUUGUAUGGCCUUACUCUGUUCCUACCUCGGCACCAUCACCAUCAGAAACAUUCACAGUUUCAAUUCCUGAGUCUUGCAGAGAUCCCAGAGGCGCUGUCCCGCUGGGUGUGCUUUUGUCCACAGCCACAGGCGAGCACCCCGGUCUGUUGGUAGUCGUCCCAUCUACAGGCAAAAUUGUCUACUGGGAAACUGUGUCAAGCGCUGCAUCAUUGGGUCUGUCUAGGCAAAAACAGAAUGGGAUCCAAGGAUUCACCCCGGGUCUAUUUUCUGGUGAAUAUGCUACGGAUGUUAUGAACUGCGAGCCUUCGGGAAUCAUCGCAACAUUUUCCUCUGGGCGAGUGGCACACAUCAGUCUCCGAGACUCUCAAGGAAAGCCUUCUGUCCUCGUGAAUUUCCUUCGGAGCACGGCGGGCCCUGGGGGUGGUGGAAUUCUGGGUGGACUCAAGAGUGUCCUCGGAGGCGGUUCCUGGAGAAAAGAGGUCACGGCUGUUCGCGCAGGUGGGUCUCGUCAGCGAGGCCAACGCGAUGUGAUCAUCGCGACAUCGACUGGCUUGGUGGAGAUAUGGGAUACUCAUUGGCACCAUGGAAAUGCCAUGAAAAAGAAAUACGAUGUCAAAGCUGCGAUUGUGACGUCGAUUUCCCAUGAUUCUGUGAACGUCACCGGGGAACUGGAUCUCAAGAUCAUGGAUUUCGCCUUCUCCGUCCAACAAUCGACUGAGGAAUCUGGUUCCCGAGACUCUGAAGAGUCAUGGCGGCUCUUCCUAGUUGUCAGCUCCCCCCAACUCUUGGAAUCCAAGACUUUAUUCGUGAUACAACUUUUCUUGUCGGGCGGCGAGACACGUGUUAUGUCAACUCAUGCGGUGGACAUUCGCAGUUUAUCUGCCACACAGGAUGAGCCGAAGCCUAAAAUUUUGGUCUCGAAAUCAGAGGAUACUGCUUUCAUUCUGAUCGGGCAUUCUCUCAUUAUUCUUUCUCUUUCUAGCAUUGAAGAGACCCCCAGCUCGCAACUGCUCUUGGACUCACAAAAAUUCCCAUGCCUUUCCAAGACAUCAUUCACCUUCGAUCUGGCAGAGAAUACGAAAUACUGGGAUAUGGUUCAGAGGAUCGAUCGGAAAAUGAGAACGCCACUUGUGUGA